AUGGCUCUGCAAGCUGCCAGGAGUGUGUGGGUUGCUUCCUCAUCCCUGUGGUUGGCACCCGGGGCUGAGACCCCUGGAUCUCUGGCCUCCCUUGAAGCCACCCCUGCAUACCUCCAGGCCCACUCCAGCCCUAGCUCCCCUCCCUUCCUAGUGGCCACCGCCUCCCAGGGCCUCUGCACCAGCUCCCUGCCACUCGCCAUUCAAAAAUCCACAGAUAAGCAUGAGUGGAUAUCAACUGAAAAUGGUAUUGGAGCAGUGAUGAUCAGCAAUUUUGUGCAGGAAGCAUUGGGAGAUGUGGUUUACUGUAGUCUUCCAGAAGUCGGAACAAAAUUGAACAAACAAGAUGAGUUUGGAGCUUUGGAAAGUGUGAAAGCUGCCAGUGAACUCUAUUCUCCACAAACAGGAGAAGUAACUAAAAUUAAUGUAGCUCUUGCAGAAGACUCAGGACUUGUCGACAAAUCUUGUUAUGAACAUGGUUGGCUGAUCAAGAUGACUCUGAACAACCCUUCAGAACCUGAUGAGCUGAUGAGUGAGGAUGCAUAUGAGAGGUGCACAAAAUCUAUUGAGGUUUGA